AUGGACGCUUCAUUAGUCCCUGCUAUGACAGGUACAAAUGAAGCGCGGACUCUUUCCUAUAUUCUUUCACCUAUCGAUUCUUCACCUUUAUCACAUCCUUUAAAUAAUUUGGAAACCACUAGUGAAUCUAUUAACUUAGUACCAAAAUUAUCAAAUUUCAAUUCAAAAGGCAUUGCUGUAUCAGUUUCAUAUAUGACAGAGAAUAAUGAAAGAAAGAAUAGUGAGAGCACCAUAAAAAAUUGUGAGAUUACUCAGAAAAAUACCAUAUCCUCUUCCACAUUUGCUUGUCACUCUAUGUCAAUCGAUAUAGAAAAACAGAAAUCCCAGACAUCUAUCGUUACGCAAUCAGAUACGAGAUCGAACGAUGGUUAUUGUAUCAGUACUAAAAAAACUAAUAAUGUUCAGUGUUUUCGUUCUAUAUCAUCACCGCAGUUGACUAUUAAACCGCUAACACGUUCUAAGGUCUAUCGGAAAGCGUCACUAAAAUCUUCUACAAAUAAAUCAAGUUUACAGUCUGAUCUCUCUAACUUUACAAUAGACAACUUCAAUGCUGUUUCUAAUCUAACAGCAAUGAAUACUGCUAAUAACAGCAAAUGUAUCUUAUCAAAAGCAAAUAAGUACAGAAAGACACCCGAACAAUGUCCCAUCCAAAGCGACACAUGCAGAAAGGCCAAGGAAAACGACAUCGGUAUUGCAAAUUCAAAAAACAAGUGGAAUAUCGAAGACGUUCAUAUAACAUGUAAUCCAUUAUCAACGCCGUAUCCAUAUUCGACGCCUUGUAAGAAGACAGCGAGUGGAACGGUAACAGAAUCGCAAGACGAGGAACCAAAGAGUCGUAGUUGUGGAAGUUUCUUACCAAUCCUCUCGUUAAUUCCUCAAACAGUUAUCGGCUUUCAGUAUUUGAGCCCAAAAAUGAAGUUCUCUUGGUGGCGUAACAAGAUAUCGUGAAGGCACGCUUAAACGACCGUUUGGCGCGAUGUCCGCUUGAAAGUAGCGGGGCAACGACGACUCGAUGCCGAUCGGUCGAAAUAGCAGUACAACUACAAAAGAACCUCUUUUACCUCGUAGCGAGUUCCCUACUCUUUUUCAUCAAUUAGAGGAAUCCUGUUAACGUUACACUCGCACGUCACAAAAUCUAUCGCCCUUAACCCGUUUAACAUGAUGAUAUAGGGUCGUAGAGGAAAGCGCAUGCAGCUAGAAAUUAUUAACGAGCAUAAGUAGUUAUUUAAUUAUGCCGUAAAAAGAGAGAAAGAGAAUGAAAAAGAAGAAUAAACAAGAAAAGGAGGAGCAGAAAGUGAGUGAAUGCGAGAAAAAAUUUUGUGUGUUUGUUGUUGUUUGUUUGUUGCUUGCUUGCUGCGCGCACGUGUUGUGUGUGUGUGAGAAAGAGAGAGAGAGAGAGAGAGAAAGAGAGAGAGAGAGAGAGAGAGAGAGAGAGAGAGAGAGAGAGAGAGAGGUUGUUCACGAUGCAUAUAUUUUCGGUUUUUUGCCGAUUACAGUCUGUAUUUUGCAUGAUUGUGCUACGUUACGUUAACUACGAUGCUGGAUCCUCUAGUCCAUGAAGUAUUCUUUUCUUAGACUGCAUUCACGUUAUAGGCAAUGAUCUCCAUUAUCUUUUUUACCAAGAAAAUAAUGCGAACAAAAUUUUUUCUCGUACAACGCGCAAUUAGCUUAUUUUGUUUGUUGUUCAUAAAAAAAAAAAUAAUAAAAAAAUAAAAAAAAAGAAAAAAUUCACAACGUACCGAGAGAGAAAGAAAAAGAUUUAUUGCAAUGAUCUUUAUGAAACUCUUUCCCUCCCUUUUCGUUGUGUUAAUCAAAAGUACGAAUGAUACCGUAAGUAGAAUCUUGGCAUAAUUUUUUUUUUUUUUUCUUUCACAGACUCGCGUUGUAAUCAAAAGAUCAUCUUACUUUCCAUUCAUUGUUCGCAAUCAAUUUUUUAAUAAAUAUAUUACGAUAGUUAUAUUUCUAAACAAAUAUGUCUAAGAGAUGAUAUCAAAGUAAGGUAUCAUAUUAGCAAAAAUAAAAAAGAAAAUAAACAGUAUAUGAUAGUGUACAAAUUUAAGAAUUACAUCGAUAUAUCUCUGAUAUGCUUUAUGCCGAUUCUGAUAUACCAGGAAUGCUCGAUUUGUGAUAAGUAUAAUAAGUCACGUGAUUUAUUUUAUAAAUUUUCUUUAAGUAUAUAUUUUUGUAAAUAGUUAUUUAUAAAAUUUUUAAUGAAUAAUUUAACGGUUCCAUUUUUUACUGUAAUAAUUUAAUUGUAAUGUAUUCAAAGAGAAAAUGUGUGUGCUCACUUAAUUAACACACGUGAGCAACUAUUGCAAUAUUGUCUUCGCAAAAUAUGGUCAUUCCUGGCGUAUGUUCUACUGAUUUAAGAAAUAAAACUGAAUUCGUUAUUAAAUUUAGCUAGUUAAAAAUAGUUCAAAUUUUACGAUAGUCAUUCCUGUGUAUAUGAUUAUAAUUCUUUUGCCCUAUUUAUAGUAUGUUCAUAACCCUGCGAAAAAUGAUGAAAAACUUAAUAAAUCAUGAUUCUUUAUUUCGAAAAAUAUAUCAAACGCAUGUAAAGGGAAAAAAAAAAAAUGUAAAAUCGUGAUCUGCUUAUUAUUUUGAUAUAAUUUGAAAGUACUAAUAUCUACUUAAUAGAGUACAAUAUCAGUUAAUGUGUUAGUUUUCUUUUCACCUAGUUCUACAAUAUUAUUGCAGUUAAUAUAAAUCCAGAUACAAAAGAGAUUUCGACCCAAUUCGUUUUUUAAACCGUUUGUUUUAUAACUUGUAAUUAAUAAAUAAUUUAUGAGUUUGUAUUUUGUUGUAUUUUUUAUUUAAAUGAAAUAUUAGCAUCUAUUUUUAUGUAUUUUUUCACAAGGAAGCUUUAUAAAAAUACAGCUAAUAAUAAUUAUGAUAAAGUCUGGAUAUUCUUAAUAAAAUUAUAUAGAAUAAUUAUAAAGGAAUGUUAACAAAUUUAUUGGUAUAUUUUACACAUCAAAACUAAGACAAAAGUCCUAAUGAAAAGUCAGAGUUCAAAAUGAAUAUAUCGUAUAAUUAAUUACUAUUUACUAAUUUCUAAAUCUAUUAGAACAUACAUGUUCUAUGUAUUCCCGCAGUUAUUAUAAAUCUAGAACUUUUCUUUCAAUUGUGAUGCAUAAUAUAUGCUUCUGAAUUUUUAGAUAUCCCUGUAAAAUUAUCCUGUAUAAAAUUCUAAUCUUUUUUCAAAUCUUUCUCUCAAUGCACGAAAAAUAUUUAAUUAGUUAUGAGAUAGUGAAAUAGAGAUUAUAAAUACAUUUGAACAUUACUUGCAGAAUUGGACAAAAUAAAUGUAUUAACAAUCAUAAUGGAAAUAUAUAUAUGACUUAUAAUACUUACUGUGAUCACUUCGCCUUUUAAAUAAAAUUUAUUUAUGGCUAUAUAUAUAGCGCA